AUGAAGUUUGGUACCAAGGGAGACGACCGAAACACCGUUUCCACUCAGUUAAUGAAGAAGAAAAGAAAAUACGCUAAGAGGCGGAGAUCGCCUACAAUCACCGGAACCUUACCAGCUCUUCCCUUCGAUCUGGUUGCUGAGAUUUUCUGUAGGCUUCCAGUGAAGCUCCUCCUUCAACUUCAGUGCCUCGGAAAAUUGUGGAAAUCUCUAAUUUCCGAUCCUAAAUUCACAAAGAAGCAUCUUCAAUUUUCAAAGGUUUUCCAGCACAACCAUCACCUUAUCGCUUACACCACGGGAGUCAUAGAUAAGCUAAUUCUGAAGGAUUCCACAAUUCCCUCUAUUUUUAAAGCAGCAAUGUCAACCUCUCGCAUCAGGCUGACCAAACUCUGGCCCCCUGAUAUUUUGGACCGUGAAAGCAUUAAUCUUAUGCGUGUUUGCUCUUGCGACGGCAUUCUUUGUUUGACCCAUGAGGGUUACUUUUUCGGGCAUUCGGCUGUUUUGUGGAACCCUUCCAUUAGGAGAUUCAAUAUGCUUCCGGCUUUGGGAAAUCCAGGAAAAAAAGUUCGCGGUUCCACCAAAUAUAGCUUUGGAUAUGAUUAUUUCACUCAUACUUAUAAGAUUGUUGCUGUUUCUUUUUUUUAUGACAAAAGUUAUGAAGUUCUAGUUUAUACUCUGGGUACGGAUUCUUGGAGGAGGAUACAAGACUUACCAUAUUAUGGCUACAUUAGUGAACCAGGAGUAUUUGCUAGAGGUACCAUUAAUUGGUUGGCACAUGAGAGUAGUUCUUCGCACAACAUUGUUUCUCUUGAUUUGGAGAAGGAGUCGUAUCAAAAGCUUUUAAAGCCUAAUUUGGAGACAAAUAGUUGGACCUUGAGGGCGUUGAUGGAUCGCUUGUACAUCAUUGCAAGUUUUAAAACAUUUGUGGAUAUUUGGAUUAUGAAAGACUAUGAUAAUGAAGAGCCAUGGAAUAAAUUGUACCGUGUUCCUUACAUGCAAGUUCAUGGUCUCUAUCCCAAUGACGGUCCUUUAUAUAUCACGGAGGAUGACCAAGUGCUAAUUUAUUAUAAACAUUGGGAGGAAUUGAUGGUUACUGUCUAUGACUCCAAAAGUGGUACUUUUAAUAUGUCAGCGCGUCAAAAAAUUAAUGGUUUUUACAGUCCAGCAGUCUAUGUUGAGAGUUUAAUAUCACCUUGUUCUUAA